AUACAGGAGGCCGGUCAGGUAUUCAGCAAUUGAACAAAACAUUUUCUCAAAUUAUCCUGAACAUUAAUCUCCGAUGAAUUCUCUGCAGUUUCUUCUCAAACCCAUUCCUCAGUCACCGAUCAGCGGUGCAGAACUCACUGCCCAUUCUCAAAGGCCGCUCGACAAAUCCUGCAAUUCUCGGCAGUUGUCUUUUAGAAGAUUCAGAAUUAGGUGUUCAAUUGCUGAUACCGUUGAUCGUAUUUCUGAUGCUCCAGUGCUUGGUAGUUCACAGGUGCUUGAAAGAUUAAGGGCAAGCCGAGAGAAUCAAGAAAACCAGCCACAAUUCCUUGCAAUGUAUUCCAGCGUUGUUGGGGGAAUUACGACAGAUCCAGCUGUUAUGGUAAUUCCAAUUGAUGACCACAUGGUUCAUCGGGGACAUGGCGUUUUUGAUACUGCUGCCAUAGUGGAUGGGCAUCUCUAUGAGUUGGACCAGCACCUCGACCGCAUUUUAAGAUCAGCAUCCAUGGCAAAAAUCAACCUCCCAGUUUCAUAUGAUCGAGAGAAGAUUAAAAAUAUACUCAUAAGAACUGCCAGUGCUUCUAAGUGUAGGAAUGGACAGCUUCGAUAUUGGCUCUCUGCAGGACCUGGAAAUUUUCUACUAUCUACUUCUGGGUUGCAUCAGCCAGCUCUUUAUGCAAUUGUAAUUCAAGGUAAGCCGCCAUCUCCUCCAAAAGGCAUCAAAGUCAUAACUUCAUCAAUCCCAAUGAAACCACCUCAAUUUGCAACUAUGAAGAGUGUAAAUUACCUUCCAAAUGUUCUUUCAAAUAUGGAAGCAGAAGAAAAGGGUGCUUAUACAGCCAUUUGGUUGGAUAGUGAGGGGUUCAUUGCUGAAGGGCCUAGUAUGAACGUUGGUUUCAUUACAAAGGAUAAGGAGUUUCUGAUGCCUCACUUUGACAAAAUUUUAAGCGGCUGCACAGCUAAGAGAAUCAUAACUCUCGCUGAGCGGCUGGUGAAAGAGGGUAGGCUUCGGGGUAUAAGAUUUGAAAAUUUAACCAUGGAGGAAGGCAAGAAGGCAGAGGAAAUGGUGCUUAUUGGGAGUGGAGUUCUUGUUUCCCCUGUACUGCAGUGGGAUGAGCAGAUUAUUGGUGAUGGAAGAGAAGGUCCGUUGGCUCGAGCGAUUGUAGAUCUUAUUAUCGAAGACAUGAAAUUCGGUCCUCCAACCGUUCGAAUACCAAUUCCAUAUAAAUAACUCAGGUCAACCUAUCAUCUCUGUCUCAUAAUUUAAUGAGACACUAAAAAAUGCAUUUGGAACAUCUAAUGCUAGUACAAGCAAUGUAUAUGUGGACGGGAAUAAGGAUAACAGUUUCACGAGUGAUAUCCAAACUGUGAAAAUUUUAGGAA